AUGGCCCCGUGGCCCGCACCUCCUCCGCCUCCGCCUCCGCCUCCACCUCUGGCCGCGCCGCCGCCGCCCGGCGCCUCUGCUAAGGGGCCGCCGGCGCGCAAGCUGCUUUUCAUGUGCACCUUGUCCCUGUCUGUCACCUACCUGUGCUACAGUCUCCUGGGCGGCUCGGGCUCCCUGCAGUUCCCCUUGGCGCUGCAGGAGCCGCCGGGCGCCGCCGCCGAGCCCCCGCCGAGCCCGCCACCACCCUCUCUGCUGCCUCCCCCCGUGCGCCUCGGCGCCCCCUCGCAGCCGCCCGCGCCGCCGCCGCCGGACAACGCGAGCCGCGGGGAGCCGCCCGAGCCCCCGGAGCAGCCCGUCGCCCCCGGGGCCGACGGCUGGGGGCUGGCGAGCGGCGGCGGAGGCGCCCGGGACGCCUGGCUCCGGACUCCGCUGGCCCCCAGCGAGAUGAUCACGGCGCAGAGCGCGCUGCUGGAAAGGGAAGCGCAGGAGUCCAGCACCACAGACGAGGAGCUGGCAGGCCGGAGAGCGGCCAACGGGAGCAGCGAGAGGGGCGGCGUCGUCAGCACCCCCGACUACGGGGAGAAGAAGCUGCCCCAGGCGCUGAUCAUCGGGGUCAAGAAAGGAGGGACCCGCGCGCUGCUAGAGGCCAUCCGAGUACACCCGGACGUGCGGGCGGUGGGCGUAGAGCCGCACUUCUUCGACAGGAACUACGAAAAGGGGCUGGAGUGGUACAGGAACGUGAUGCCCAAGACGGUGGAGGGGCAGAUAACCAUGGAGAAGACCCCAAGUUACUUCGUGACCAACGAGGCCCCCAAGCGCAUCCACUCCAUGGCCAAGGACAUCAAACUGAUCGUGGUGGUGAGAAACCCCGUGACCAGGGCCAUUUCCGACUACACCCAGACGCUGUCCAAGAAACCCGAGAUCCCCACCUUCGAGGUGCUGGCCUUCAAAAACCGGACCCUGGGGCUCAUCGACGCGUCCUGGAGCGCCAUCCGCAUCGGGAUCUACGCCCUGCACCUGGAGAACUGGCUGCAGUACUUCCCGCUCUCCCAGAUCCUCUUCGUGAGCGGGGAGCGGCUCAUAGUGGACCCCGCGGGGGAGAUGGCCAAGGUGCAGGAUUUCCUGGGCCUCAAGCGUGUGGUGACCGAGAGACAUUUCUAUUUCAACAAAACCAAGGGGUUCCCUUGCCUCAAGAAGCCGGAAGACAGCAGCGCCCCCAGGUGCCUGGGCAAGAGCAAAGGUCGGACUCAUCCUCGCAUAGACCCCGACGUCAUCCACAGACUGCGGAAAUUCUACAAACCCUUCAACAUGAUGUUCUACCAAAUGACUGGCCAGGAUUUCCAAUGGGAGCAGGAAGAGGGGGACAAAUGAGACGAUAGCGCUGGGGAGGGAAGGCAGGUGAAUGGCAAGGAGGCUCCUCACCGGGGGCCUAGGUCCCCCAGGGUCUGCAGCCACCCAGUAGGUCCCCUUCUUCCAGCUGGGAGUGUUCCCAGGGCUGCUGGCUUAGGCGGAGGGGUGGAUCCCACAGCAACCCCCCUGGAGGAACCAGGUCUAUCUGAGCCGCAGUGUCUGGUUGACCAGAUGGCCACAGAACCCACCAUUCAUUCUUAUCUCCUACCAGCUGGUAGAGUCUGGUACCUCUCCCGUAUCAAAGACAGUGCCAUGAAUGUUUAUUUGGACGACGAAAAAGAAAGAUCUACUUCAUGGGGUGCUCUUAGUUGGGGGAAACCUGGGUUCUAGACCUGUACCUGGCUUUACAUCUGAACCUCUGGUUGGGCUUCUUCCAGAAUGUGGUAUGUGCCUGAGACCCUCAGGCCUCCUGGGGAGCAGAGUCCUCCCUCUAAGGCAUGUCUAGCCUUCUCAUCCUCCCAGGCCCUUGAUUCUCUUCUUCCCCGCCUUGCGAAGACAGAGGCAUGCACAAACAUUCCUCACCCUGCCCUCCCCUUCCAAAAAAAAAAAAAAUAGCGAACAUCCCUGGGAGCCUUCCUGCUAAGGAUCCCUCUCAUCAUGAGCAUCCUGGGUGGUGGGAAGCUUAGCCUACGUCCUCAUGUGAGAAAAUCCAGCCCACAAGCCUUCUCUCAGAGCCCUGUGAUCAUAGCCAAGUCCAAAGCCCUGGUGUUGGCAAAAGAUGAAUGGCACAUUUUAGGGAGAAAGAAGAAAUCCGAUCCUCUUUGGUGGGAGGUCUCCUUAAACUAAAGACCCUCUCCCCCCAAAGCACGGUGGUCCUGAGGCAUGCUUUUGGGAUGGACUCAGUCCCCUAGGGUCCCCCAGAGAGGCACAGACCAGAGAGUCAGCAUGUCUUUUUGUUAUGAAUCACCCUUCGAGAUGCAGUGGGGGAAGGGAUCACUGACUGUUGUUCUGUUUUUUCCCGCCUCCACCCCCACAGGGUCAUCUCAUGAUUCAUUUUCCUUCUUCAGAGAUGGCACAUAUGGGACAAGGGCACAAGGGCUGAUUCCAUUUAUCAGCUCCAGUUUAAGGGGGGGGUGGGGGAGGGCAAGGGCUGUCUGCAGACACCCCCAUCAAGGGCUGCCAAACAAAGUGACCCUUCCCAUGAGUCUGAUUUGAUUCAAAUGCAGCAUUUGACAUCAAAGCACUUGUUCACAGAUCACCCAAACCAGGAAUUGUUCUAGUAAAAUUUGAAAUUUGUAUGAGCGUGGGGUGGGGGGAGUCGAACCUGCUCAGCUGUUAUUAAACUGUCAUUUCUCCCACUCAAUGAAAACUGUGUUGUUAUAAA